AUGUUCUGCUCUGGAGAUCUGAAGCUCUGGGCUGAACGCACCAGCGACUGUGUGUUUGUCCUGGAACCACAAACAUCUCUGAGGAGACCAAACAAUCAGAUGGUGUCUGUACAGUCAGUCACUCUAAACUCCAAUCUUACUGAAUUAAUGGAUGAUGAUGAGAUUCAGUGGAGGUUUGGAAACACUUUAAUAGCUGAAAUCAAUGUAACGGCUGACAGAAUCACUGUAUAUGAUGAUGUUCUUGAUGGGAGAUUCAGAGACAGACUGAAGCUGGACAAACAAACUGGAUCUCUGACCAUCACAGACACCAGAACUGAAGUUUCUGAAUAUUACUCAGUACUGAUUCAGGGAGCAAAACCAUCACUAAAAUUAUACAGUGUUUCUGUCUAUGUAAAAGUUUUUUUUACUUGUUGUGUUUGUUCUUCAUGUGUGUUUGCUGAUUCAGAUGAAGUGAAGUCAGUGUCAGUGAUGGAGGGAGAUUCAGUCACUCUAAACACUGGUCUUACUAAAAUGCAGACAGAUGAUCUGAUAUUGUGGACGUUUGGAACUGACAGGUCUUUCAUGGCUAGAAUCACCAAAUCAACAGGAUCCAAAAGGGUACUUCAUGAUCCUGAUGGGGAAUUAAAAGACAGACUAGAGGUGGAUCAUCAGACUGGAUCUCUGACCAUCACAAACAUCAGAACCACAGACUCUGGACUUUAUGAACUGACCAUCAAGAGCAACACCUCAGAGACUAAAAAAAGAUUCAGUGUUACUGUCUAUGCUCAUCUGCCUUUUCCUGUCAUCAGCAGAGACUGUUCUUCAUCAACAUCAUCAUCAUCAUGUUCAUUGGUGUGUUCAGCUGUGAAUGUGAGUCGUGUGACUCUCUCCUGGUACAAAGGAAACAGGUUAUUGUCCAGCAUCAGUGCAUCUGAUCUCAGCAUUAGUCUCUCUCUUCCUCUGGAGGUGGAAUAUCAGGAUAACAACACCUACAGCUGUGGGCUGAACAAUCCUAUCAGCAACCAUGUGAAAUACCUGGACAUCAUUGAGCUCUGUCAACCUUGUCCAGGUUCGUCAACACACUGACAUUCAUCACUGAGCUGAUCUCUGUAUUUUGUUGUAGUUCAGACUGACAUAUUCACUCACACUAAUGACAGUCUGUCUUUAGCUGUUACAGACCCACAGACUCCAUUACAUCCCACUUUAUAUCUUACUGCACUUCCUCCUUCACGUCCUCCAGUCUCAGCAUCUCUGAAAAUGGUGCUGUUUUCUGCUGCUGCCGCUGGAUCUCUGCUGAUUGUAGCUGUAAUUUGGAUGCUUUGUAUCUGCAGGAAACGCAGAGACGCAGGUCAAGUCAAUCUACAGCUCUCACGUCUGUAAAAACAAUGUGUAAGUGUCAUGUACAGUUCAAAGUAACUCCAUAGCAAAUUGCAAAGGUAUAUUAGAGUUUAAAAUGUGUAUGAUUGCAUACUGCAUACUACAACUCAUUGCACAUAUUUGGCAGUGUGCUGUAUAUUAUUGUUCGAACAUGUUUUGUGGUUUCAAUAGUCAGUCAUGUGGCUUGGUUUUAUUUAUGGUCACUGUUAUUAAAGUUGCUCUUGUGUUCUAAAAUUUCAUAAUAAAAGUCCUUAAACAAUUUCUCUCCAUUUCACACAACCACAAAACAGUCAUUCAACGACUCAUA